AAAAGAAUCAUGUGACAGUCACGUGACUCUGGAGACGGGCCCAGGCAGAGUGGCACAAGGGAACGCCUAGACGGGAUCCCCGACGUUGAUUGGAGGCAAGGACGGUGACGGAAUGACGUUACCGGGAGAAGGGACCCUCCUGCCGAUGGACAGUUGAUGCAAGGAGUUCAAAAUUAUUUCAGGCACAUAAUUCCGACUUCGACAGAGCAAGCAGUACCGUCCAGCGAUGAUGUACUGAAUUGGAUCAUGCCCCGGAUAUUCUUCAUCUGGAAUCAAGAUUAAGAUUUUAGCAGAAGACGUCGCGUGGUCUUCUGCAAGGAGGAAGCGCAGUUGGAUAUCUUGGGGGACUGCUGCAAUAAAAAUUAUACCUGAUCGGAAAACGUCCAGAGGCCAAGUGAAGCUUUUUAAAAGAUAACACCCUGCAUUUGUUGGAUAUAGAUACAACUAACAUCCACAGCCGCAGUUAAUGGUUUGGUACAGUGAGCGUGCUUAUGUAAUUGCAGCUGGCGUGUUCCUAAAGCAGUCUUUAGAAAAGGGGAGUCGAAUUUGCGUUUCAUUUGAUCCGUUGAACCCGUCUGGCGAUUUAAUAGCAGUUGAGGUUAGAUUACGUAACGAGUUUCCAUUGUUUGGAAUAUAUAAAAAUAAAUGGAUAGAGAGGAGACAGUCUCUCCCAAAGUAUAGAAAAUAAGUAAAACAAAUCAGUCGUUUAAGUACUGCGGUUAGUGUACAUUUGGGAUGCUGUUAAGCUGGUGUGACACAUCAAAAUGACCUGAUUUGCGUGCCUUUUUAUUUAUGCAAUUUUUUUACGUUGUCUCUGAUAUCUGGAUAACCAUAAACUAUCAAAUAAGUCCGUGUAUCCUCUUCUCAAAUCAAUAAAACGGUCUCAGGCACUUCGUGUGGACGUGGGGUUUAAGUUAACCUACUGCUGUGUGGAGAGAAGUAUUUGAAAACGGAUAUUUCUUGCAUCACUUUAAUUGUCUCGGAAAGACCUGUUACUCAAUACCACCAUUGUUACUAUGCAGCGUGUCCGUUCUCUGAAACGUCUCACAGAAGAGCAAAAAUAAGACCGAGACCCAGAGCGACUGUCGUUCUGGGCAAGAGACUGAUCCCUAAACUCCAAUCACUUUCCCUAACGGAAAUCGGGUCCGUCUGGCCUGCCCGUAGUUAUGUUCGCGGCGGUGGAACAUGGACCAGUCCUUUGCAGCGACUCCAACAUCCUCUGCCUGUCCUGGAAAGGGCGCGUGCCCAAGAGCGAGAAGGAGAAGCCCGUGUGCAGGAGGCGAUAUUACGAGGAAGGAUGGCUCGCGACGGGGAACGGGAGGGGGGUGGUCGGAGUAACUUUCACCUCUAGCCACUGCAGACGCGACAGGAACACCCCGCAGAGAAUCAACUUCAAUCUAAGGGGACACAACAGCGAGGUGGUCCUGGUGCGCUGGAACGAGCCGUUUCAGAAGCUGGCGACCUGCGACACGGACGGAGGGAUUUUCGUCUGGAUCCAGUACGAGGGGCGCUGGUCUGUGGAGCUGGUGAACGAUCGAGGGGCACAGGUGAGCGACUUCACCUGGUCCCACGACGGGACCCAGGCCCUCAUCUCGUACCGGGACGGCUUCGUCCUGGUGGGCUCGGUCAGCGGCCAGAGGCACUGGUCCUCCGAAAUCAACCUGGAGAGCCAGAUCACCUGCGGCAUCUGGACGCCUGACGACCAGCAGGUGCUUUUCGGCACGGCUGACGGGCAGGUGAUCGUGAUGGACUGUCACGGCCGCAUGCUGGCUCAUAUCCUCCUGCACGAGUCCGACGGCAUCGUCAGCAUGUCCUGGAACUACCCCAACUUCCUGGUGGAGGACAGCAGCGAGAGCGACACCGACUCGGACGACUACGCCCCGCCACAAGUGCACAACCUGAAACCGCUGCUCACGGUCAGCUUCACGUCCGGAGACAUCAGCCUGAUGAACAACUACGAUGACCUCUCCCCCAGCGUCAUCCGCUCAGGGCUCAAGGACGUGGUGGUGCAGUGGUGCUCUCAGGGGGACCUGAUGGCGGUGGCGGGGAUGGAGAGGCACAGCCUCCAGCUGGACCCGGCCUGCGUCACGCUCAUGAGGAACGCCCUCGUUAAGUUCUACAACGUCCACGGAGAGCACAUCUACACCCUGGAGACCCCGGCACAGAGGCCCAUCAGCACCAUCUGCUGGGGUCACCGUGACUCGCGGCUGUUCCUGGCGUGCGGGGCGGCGCUGUACGUGGUGCGGGUGGACCACCGGGUGGCCAGCCUGCAGCUGCUCUGCCAGCAGGCCAUCGCCGCCACGCUGCGCGAGGAGAAGGACAUCGGCAAGCUCACCAUGCCGUCCCGCCUCUGCUCCUACGUCACCACCGCCUUCGCGCCCACCAUCAAGCCCCCCAUUCCGGACCCCAACAACAUGCGAGACUUCGUCAGCUACCCGACGGCGGGGAACGAGAGGCUGCACUGCACCAUGAAGCGCACGGAGGACAACCCCGAGGUGGGGGGGCCCUGCUACACCCUCUACCUGGAGUACCUGGGGGGGCUGGUGCCCAUCCUCAAGGGCCGGCGAAUCAGCAAGCUCCGCCCCGAGUUCGUCAUCAUGGACCCCAAGACCGACGGCAAAGCAGAUGAGGUCUAUGGGAACAGCUUGAUCUCCUCCAUGAUUGACAGCUGCAACUGCUCCGACUCCAGCGACAUCGAGCUGAGCGAUGACUGGGUCGGAAAGAAAUCGCCAAAGAUAUCGAGAGGAAGCAAGUCGCCCAAACUUCCCAGGAUCAAUAUAGACCCCAGAAAAUCCCCCAAACUGUCCCGGGCCACACAGGAAAUAUCCCGGUCGCCGCGGUUACCCAUUCGCAAGCCUUCCAUUGGCUCUCCUAGUCUGACUCGCAGAGAGUUCCCCCUUGACGACAUCACUCAGCAUAAUUACCUCGCUCAGGUCACGUCCAACAUUUGGGGGACAAAGUUUAAAAUCGUGGGACUUGCUUCCUUCCUGCCUACGAACCUUGGUGCAGUCAUCUACAAGACGAGCCUGCUCCACCUGCAGCCGAGGCAGAUGACCAUCUACCUGCCCGAGGUGCGGAAGAUCUCCGUGGACUACAUCAACCUGCCCGUCUUCAACCCCAACGUCUUCAGCGAGGACGAGGACGACCUGCCAGUCACGGGACCCUCUGGAGUCGCCGAGGACAACCCCCCCUGCACCGUCAACAUCCCCAUCGCCCCGAUCCACAGCCCCGCCCAGGCCAUGUCCCCCACGCAGAGCAUCGGGCUGGUCCAGUCGCUGCUGGCCAAUCAGAACGUGCAGCUGGACGUGCUGACCAAUCCCACGGCCACGGCGGCGGCGGCGGCGGCGGCGGCCGCGUCGGACCACGGGCAGGACGCGGUGAUGACGGCCCAGUACACGGUGCCCGCCCGCUACUCCAGCCCGGGACAGGUCAUUUUCGGGGGCCUGGAAAUGGGGCGCCUCCUGGUGGGGCCCCCGCCCUCGCACCACCAACCGCCGCCGCCGCCUCCGCAGCAGCAGCAGCCUCCGCCACAGCAUCCCCAUCAGCAGCAGCAGCACCAACAGCAGCAGCAGCUUCAGCAGCAGCACGCCCAGCAGCAGCAGCAUCACCAGCUGCAGCAGCAGCACCAACAGUUCCAGCAGCACCAACAGCAGAUGCAGCAGCAGCACCAGCAGAUGCAGCAGCAGCACCAACAGAUCCAGCAACAGCAGCAGCAAAUUCAGCAGCAGAUCCAACAGAUGCAGCAGCAGCAGCAGCAGCUGCGGGAGCAGCACCAACAGCAGAUGCAGCAGCACCAGCAGCAGCUGCAGCAGCACCAGCAGCAGCUGCAGCAGCACCAACAGCAGCUGCAGCAACAGCAGCAGCACCCGAUCCAGCUGCCCCCUCCCCCGCUGCCCUCCGGGCCGCACCCGAGCGUGGUGCACCAGCUGCAGGCCACGCUGCAGUUGCCCCACCCCCAGGGGGAGCACGGGGCGGAGCGGGGCGAGCACGAGCACCUGCUGAAGGUCAAGCCCACGCGGUCCGCGUCCCAGCUGGCCGAGGGGGACGCCGUGGUCUUCAGCGCCCCCCUGGAGAUCAGCAAGAUGAACCCCCCGCCCCCGUACCCGGGCACGGUGGCGGCGGCGGUGGCGGCGGCCCAGGCGGCGCAGGCGGGCGCGGCGGCGCAGGCGGCGGCCGCCGCCGCCGGCAACGGGCCCCAGCCGGCCGUGGACCUGUGCCUGAAGAAGAGCGAGUUCUCGCUGUACCCGCCCGCCCCGCAGUACCAGACGCCGCUGGGCUACGAGCGCAUCACCACCUUCGACAGCAGCGGCAACGUGGAGGAGGUGUGCCGGCCGCGCACGCGGCUGGUCUGCAACCAGAGCGUCUACACCCUGCAGGGGCCCGGCAGCUCGGCCACGCUGCGCGUCACCUCCUCCGAGAGCAAGAAGGUGCAGCUGCCCUACAGCUCCGCCACGCUCAACCGCCUCACCGUGCCCCGCUACUCCAUCCCCAGCGGCGACCCGCCCCCGUACCCGGACCCGGCCAAUCAGAGCGGCCAGGCCAGGAGCGCCGCCCAGCAGCGGCUGGACAGCACCCUGAUCCACGCCACCCUGCGCCGCAACAGCCGGGAGGCGGCCCUGAAGGUCUCCCAGAUGAUGGAGCCCCAGCAGAGGACCCUCCCCACCAAGUCCAAGGUGAGCAGCGCGCUGGCGGCCUCCUACCAGCAGAGGGUGUCCACCGCCCUGUACACCUGCAGCCAGUGCAGCAGCGGCACCGCGGGGGGCGGGGCCAGCGGGAGCGGGGCCAGCGGCGGGGGCGGGAGCAACGGGAUCGCGGGCGGCACCAUCAUCCGGCAGGACUUCCCGCCGGGGAACGGCGCCCAGCACAGCACGGUCAUCGUGCACUCCAACAGCACGUCGCCGCUGGCCUCGCAGUCCUCCUACAACCUGCUGAGCUCGCUGGACGGCGGCGGCGGCCGGGACCGCACCGACUACGUCAACUCCGCCUUCACCGAGGACGAGGCGCUCAGCCAGCAGUGCCAGCUGGAGAAGUCCAUCCGCCACCUGGCCCUGAGCGAGGUCGGCCUGGCCGUCAAGCGGCCCCCGCCCUACCAGUGGGACCCCGCCGCCACCGAGGAGAUCUGGGUACCCCAGGAGAGGACCGCGCUGGCGCCCCCGCCCCCGCCGCCGGGACCCCACAAGCCGCCCCCGCUCAUCCUCAACCCCGCCCAGCACCUGGACGUCUCGCGGCUCCCCUUCGUCCUGUCCCCGAAAUCGCCCACCAGCCCUGCCACCGCCACCUUCCAGACCGGCUACCCCAUCUCCCUCCCCUUCCCACCCGGGGCGGGGUACAGCGGGCCUCAGCUGCAGGCCGUGCAGCCUCCCCCACAGCCCUGCUCGCCCAAAGAGGUGGUGGCCCCCGUCCCGUUCACCCAGCAGGACGCCCCCAUGGUCCUUCCCCCCGGGUACCCCCCGAACCUGGCCAACCUGGCCUGCUGCCCGCUGCCCCCCAUGUACCCGGGAGCCAGCUCCUGCGCGGGCCUCCAGCUCCCCCCGAUCGCCCUGCACCCCUGGAACACGUACAACCCCUGCCCGCCCAUCCAGAACCCCUCAGGAACCCUGCAGGCCAAGUCCCACCUGGUGGUGGAGAAGCCCGUCCUCUCCCCGCCGCCGCCGCCGCCGCCGUCCGCCACCGAGCACCAGGGCCACAUGGGCUCGCCGGAGGCCGCCAUGGCGGAGGCCGGCGAGGGCUUCCAGGAGGUGCUGUCCCUCAACGAGUCGCCCGUCCCGCAGCGGGCCGACAAGUUCGGCAAGAAGAGCCGCAAGCGGCUGGACAGCCGGGCGGAGGAGGCCAACGUGCCCGCCAUCACCGAGGGCAAGGUGAAGAAGGAGGGCCGGGCCCUCAGCGACUUCAACUCGCUGAUCUCCAGCCCCCGGCUGGGCCGGGAGAAGAAGAAGCCCAAGCCGCAGAAGGAGCAGCUGAAGGCCAAGAAGCUCAACAAGACCAACGAGUUCCAGGACAGCUCGGAGAGCGAGCCCGAGCUCUUCAUCAGCGGCGACGAGCUGAUGAACCAGAGCCAGAGCGGCAAGAAGGGCUGGAAGACCAAGCGCAACCUGCGGGCCGCCAGCGAGCUGGAGGAGUUCAAGUGCCGCAAGGCCAACGAGAAGGAGGACCGGGGCCUGGGCAGCCAGGGCUUCGUCUACGUCAUGGCCAACAAGCAGCCGCUGUGGAACGAGGCCACGCAGGUCUACCAGCUCGACUUCGGCGGGCGGGUCACCCAGGAGUCCGCCAAGAACUUCCAGAUCGAGCUGGAGGGACGGCAGGUGAUGCAGUUCGGCCGGAUCGAUGGCAACGCCUACAUCCUGGACUUUCAGUACCCCUUCUCCGCCGUCCAGGCCUUCGCCGUCGCCCUGGCCAACGUCACCCAGCGGCUCAAGUGAGCGGGGGCCUGCUCUCCACAUCCCUUCCCGCCGUCCGCCAAAGCGCGCGCGUGCGGGUGGGGGGACCCCCGGCAGUCCCUUUUUUCCGUUAGUUGUGCAUUGUGACGAGAGAAGAGAAGAAGAAGAAGAGAAAAAAAAAUAGCCGACUCGAGCGGAGCUGCAAUGCCCAAUGCUGCCAUUAGAGGGUGCUGUUUUGCGAGGUGCGGUGGAGGUCAUGGAGGGUGACGGACAAAAACCGAGGGGGGGGUGCGGUCACUCAUCGGGGGACAUGGGCUUAGCUUUCUGUGGUCGUUCUGCAAAUAUAUGCUGCUCUAGCUUACAGAAGCUAGUGGAAACCAGACUGUCCACUAUACAGACUGCCUUAUAUUACGUUAUUGUUUCCUAUUAAUACUGUUACAUUGGAGUUUUUUCAGUCCAGUUUUUAAACAUAACAGUAAUACUUGAAAGAAAAAGAAAAAAACUUAUCUGGAAAAUGAAUCGCUCAUUUGCAGACCUUACGGCUACUGAGCACUGAAAUCGGUUAGCUGUAUGAAUUUAAUUGAAAGUGUGAUUACCUUUUUUUGGCUUUAUUAUAGAUAUUACACAUUUCGAACUGAACAAAAAAAAAAAAUGUUAUGCGUUUCAAAGUAUUUUUUGGGGGUCAGUCUUAAGUUUUGAUUUCUUAAGUACUUUGAUUUAUAGUGCUUUUCGAAGUACCGAGGAUGGCUACAGAACAAAACUUUGCGCUUUGCAUUUUCAGAAACUAGACUUGAAAGUAGUCGGGAGCGUUUCGAUUCUGAAGUUCACGGGAGCUGUUUUCGAAACGUGGGGAGUGUCUUGAGUGGCAGUCCUCGGUCGUGUUAGCGAGAAAUGGACAGACUUGAAAGAAUUCAUCUGGAUCAGUAUUUCAACGUAUCAAUGCUCCUGUUUUUCAGUUUUUGUGUUUAUGAGAUCUAUUUAUAUGUAUAUAUUAUUUGGUCAUUAAUAAUAUUAUUGUUAUUGUUAUUAUUAUGAUUAUUAUGAUUAUUAUAAUUAUUCUUGUUGUUGUUUAUAUUUAUGUAGCAUUAAGCGAUCUUAGUACCUUGUUUACAUGGAUUUCAAGAUGUUUAUUUUGUUUGGGAGACAGGAGGUCAAAAUAAGAGCCCAUCCGUUCAAACAAAUGUACAGUUCAGAGGCGGGGAAUUUAGUUAAAACGGCGAUUGUGGUAAAUUUGGGUAUUGAUUGUGGGUUGUUGGUGAAGAGAAGGCGGUUUUCCCAGUAUGAAGUGAUCUUUACCUCCUGUCACUUCUGUGAAGUGAUCAAUUUGGGGUGUCCGACUUGAACCCUCCCCAAGUGACAUGUAAGCAAGGUACCAGAGAUAUUUUUGUAUUUUUCACCUAUGCCAUUUCAUACUUUUUUAAUCAUGUAAAUAUUUGUUACAUAUCAUUCCAUCGUUGUAAAGUGAUCAUGUGCAUGGGGAGGACAGACGACCUCUGUGUUUUUUUUAUUUUUAUUUUUUACUCGAUGGUAUGUCCUAUGGCGUGGUAUGUGAGAGGUGUUGCUGGGGAAUGUGGUGACAUCAUAAUAGUCGUCGUCAUGCACGGUUGUGUUCCGGAGUACGUCACUGUUAAAAACAAACAAAGCCUUUGGUUCGUCGAUCGUGGAAGCACUCCUUAUGAAGGACGAUCCAGUUAUCUUACAAGCUGCAGAUCUGGGAAUUGGUGCACACCAAAUUUUAGGAUUUUGGGAUGAUGGCUGGUUGGUCCAGAGUUAGAAAUUAUUAGGCCUGUUAUUUUUAUUUUUAUUUUUUUUCUUUAACUUUUAUAUUUUUUAAAGCCUUCAUGGAUUGAACUUUUCUUAAGACCUUGUUCAAGUCUUACCUUGUGGUCCAAUCAGCAUCCUGCAGGUCACAGGAAGUGGUGGGCCGUCCGGUUCACUAACGCCGUGGCUCCCAAAAAACCUGUCCUCGGGGAACGCCGGCCAGAUCCAGGCACUCAACGUGUUCCACCUCAAACACACCUGAUGCAACUAAUCGAGGGAUUAAUUUGUUAAAUGUCAGGUGUGCUUGUGACGGGACACAUCAAAUAUCCGGAACUGGCUGGGGUUCCCCAAGGACCAGGUUUGGAAGCCACUAAGUCAUCUGCACUAAGUUCAGAUGACUAGCUUCCCUCGCAGAGACUGAUCCCAGAUCAGUGGUCACCACAGAGGGCUUGCGGUCACAGCCAGAGCACUGGUCUGAGGUCAGUGCAGCAGAGAAGGCUUAGGAAGCCCAUCGGUGAUCGUUGGAAUGUGGAAUGCAACCCCAUGUUGAGAGGUUACAGAAUUGUCUGUUUUACCUUUUUGGGAGUGGGGGGUGGGGGGGGGGUGAAGAGGUCAGGGUUACAGUCUUUUACAGCCUUGAAUGUCACUGAAAAAUCACAAGAAAUACAAGUUGGGGGGGGGGGGGGGGGGGGGAGAAAAAAAAACAUGAAGCCAUUUUUAUUUGUAAUCCCAAAGUCGUGUGCCAAAGGCUAAACUUGUUGUCCCGGAAGUCCAAACUGUUUUUAAACUACGGAUCUUAAUCUUGUGUACAAUACUGAGCUCACGAGUCUGUAAGUAGUCAUGAAGUCAUGUGUAAAAGUGGAAUAUUGUGUCUCCAACGUCACGUGUCCAGACCACGGACACGUCCAUUUUCUCCUACCGUUUCCAUCCACGUAAACGUAGACCUGUGUGCGUGUGUGUGUGUCUAUAUAUGUGUGUGUGUGUGUGUGUAUGUCUGUGUCCUGGUUUGUGGGGACGUCUUCAUUCGACACAAGCAAAGUCUCGUUUGGAAUUCUCUGGUUUACGCGUGCAGAUAGCGAGAUUCGGUUUUACGGAAGGCCGAGGCAUCAGGAAGAGCUUGAUGUGAAUUGUGUGUGCUUCUGCUGCUCUGUGGGAGUGUGUCAGCUGCCCUUGCUGUUUGCAGUGGGCCCAGGUUGUGCGGACGUUCCCUGAAUGUUGGAACAUCAUCCUUAAGAUCAGCCCAUGUGUACACGCCCCCACAUACAGCAGCAAAAAGAUUUGAUUGGCUAUGGAGGCCAACAGCAGAUGAGGUCAUCGGACAGCACAGCAGUCACCAACACUCUUAUUUGAAUUUCUUGGGUUUUUUUUUUUUUUUUUUUUGGUUUUUUCUUCCUGUGACAGAAAUGUCAGGAGACUUGAAUUUUGCUUUACACAAAUAUUUGUGAGCAAGGAUAUAAAAUAUGGGCAGAAGAAUGGGAUUGAUGCACCAUUUGCUCUAGGAAAAGAAUGUGGAACGUGCAACAUUCUGGUCUGUUUUUUUCUUUCUUUUUUAUUUUAUUUUAUUUUUUUUUUAAAAACAAGUACUUUUCAUUUCCAAGGGUUGACAGUUUAGUUGUGCAAUAUUUUCCCUCCCAUUUUUUCUCCCAUAGCUUACCGCCAGAUACGUUUACAUGGGCAAGGUGACCAACGUUACAAAACAUCUCAUUCUGGUUCGACGCAGUUUUAUUUUGUACAUGAACAUUUUUUUUAUUUUCUUUUUUUUUUUUUUUUUUUAAAGCUGAUCACUGUAUAUAAUUUGUGGAUUCACUUAAACGAUUCUUUGUGUUGAGAAGAUUUGCUACCGGUGUAUUGUGGGGGGGUGGGGGGUGGGGGUGGUUUGAUGUCAGGGUGUUAUGCAAGACCGACUUGGGGAUGCAAGCGGAAACAGAAAAGGAGUUCAUACUACGUGAUUGAGUGUAGUAGUUAGUGUAGUAGCACAGGAUGUGUCUGUCGAGUAAAGUCUGUUAGUGUAAACUGUGAGGUCAACAGAUUCCCUCAGUGUUAUAUCUAUAUAUACAGUAUAUAUAUUGCCUUGUCAGCACGAAUGCCAACCCCUGUCAGAUCUGAUGUUUGUUCAUUUUUAAGGUCUUUGUUUCUUUCUAGCUGUGGAAAUGGCACCUUUCAUUUGUUAGCUGUUAACGUUAUAUUUAUUUUUUGAGACAACUUAUUCGAGUACGCAUUACUGUUUUGAAUUUUGCCACUGAAAGCAACCAAAAGGAUCGCCUAUUUAAUAAUUCUGAAUACUUUUUUAAAUAUUAAUUUGAUGAAGUGAUCUGUAUUGGACAGUGUAGUGUAUGGCAUUUAUUUGAGUAGAAAUGUGCUUUAUAGAUGUAGGUUAAAAGAGAAAAAUACUUGAAAAACCAAAAUGAGAACAUGUUGUCUGAUUUGGUGACUGAAUGUUAAUAGUUUGUGUUAAUAAGGCAUGCCAUUUAAAUUAUUUUUCAGUUGUAUAUGUUUCACAUUAUUUUAGAAUAAAAAAUGUGAUAGUUACAGAUAAAUAAGCAUGGAUUUGCUUCAGAGUUAAAAGUUAACAUGCCACUGUGGCAUAUGCUGGAAAAGGUAUAUGCAUUUGGUUGUAAAUGCAUUAUUAACACUGAACAUUGUAAUUGAAUUAGUCGGUGCGUUUGCGUUUUUUUAGUAAUGCAAUCAUUCGGAUGAAUGAGUGAAGUUUUCUUCGUGUCUUUUUGAUAUUUUACCCAUAAGGCAUUGGGUUGGAUGAGGCUGCUGCUGGCAAGGGGGGCGCUGUUGAGUAAAGUUGAUAUCGAUGCUGACUUUCUGAUACGCUUUAUCUCAAUUUAUAAAAUACUCUUUGAAAAAGAGGAACACUAAACUUGUCUUUUUUUAUUUUUUACUUUUUUCUUUAACCUUUUCAUUCCCGAUAUGCAGACCUUACCUAAAAUGGUACAAUUAUAACUAUUGUAACUGGUAUGUGCCAGGUUUCGUAUUGUACUGUAAUACGGACGUUUCUGUUUAAUUUUGUUUUGUUUGUUUUCCUAGAAAUGGAUUUGUGUCAGUUGUCCAGCUGUUGCUUAAUAAAAUGUGCGGAUUGAAAAGUUUAA